UAGAAAUUUUAUUGCAUCGUCAUGCAAGACGCAUGAAUCAGUUAAAGAGGAACAAGGCGAAGAAAUUCUCAAGACGACGAGGUCGUCACCCACGCAGAAAACUCUCCAGUUUCAAGAAGGGAUGUCGGAUGAGGAGAACAUGUUCUGUAAGCAAGGUACAUUACCGACCCGUUUGUGGCUCUGACGGUGUCACGUAUGACAACAAGUGUAUGCUGAAGGUUGCCGCAUGCAUGAAGGGCAGUCGACACGCUAUCAGAGUUACUAAUCCUAGUGCCUGUCAGAAGCAAAGACCUUUGUAGAUACCAUAUAAACACUGACAUGUAUCGUAAAAACACACGCUGAUGACGGGUUGUCGACAGGUCAAUCAC